UGACAACCACAACAACCUGGCUUUGAGAACGUUUCUGAUCUGCUCGUAUUUAUUAUCUACUACUGUCUGCCGAUUUCAGAUGCUCAGCCACAGCGCAGCCAGCUGAGUCAUCUUGGCUCAAUGCCCAUCCCUGCCUGCCACCUCCCCCAUCCAGGAAACUCCCAGGGGUCAUGUCCCCUCAGAGCAGCAUGAACACAGGCUGCAGAGGGUGCUGCCGAGCGUGUCCAGAGCCAGCUUGUCCUCUGUCUCCAGGUGCUUUCAAGGCAGUGUUCCUUGCCUUCGCCUCCAUGUGCGCCUGGUAUUCUGGGUACCUGCUGGCAGAGCUGCUUCCAGACAUGCCCCUUUCCAGUGCUGUCUACACCAUCCGGAGCAUCGGGGAGAGGCCCAUACUCAAAGCCCCAGUCCCCAAAAGGCAAAAAUGUGACCACUGGGCCCCAUGUCCCCCUAACAGCUACGCCUACAGGUUACUCAGUGGUGGCGGCCGAGACAAGUACGCCAAAAUCUGCUUUGAGGAUGAACUGCUUAUAGGAGAAAAGAUUGGAAAUGUUGCCAGAGGAAUAAACAUUGCCAUCGUUAACUAUUUAACUGGGAAAGUGAUAGCAACACAGUACUUUGAUAUGUAUGAAGGUGACAACUCAGGACCGAUGACACAGUUUAUUCAGAAUGCUCCUCCAAAAUCUCUGCUCUUCAUGGCGACCCAUGACGAUGGAAGCAGCAGAUUGAAGGAUGGUGCCAAGGAUGCCAUAGAAGCACUGGGAAGUAAAGAAAUCAGGAACAUGAAGUUCCGGUCAAGCUGGGUGUUUGUUGCAGCAAAAGGCUUUGAACUUCCCUCAGGAAUCCAGAGAGAAAAGAUUAACCACUCUGAUAAUAAGAAGAACAGGUAUUCUGGCUGGCCUGCAGAGAUACAGAUAGAAGGCUGCAUACUGAAAGAGCUCAGCUAGCAUUGCACGGUCCCUAAUAAAUGCGUUUUGUAUAGACAAACA